UGUUGUAACCCGUUCGAGAUGAAGGCAGCUAUAGUUUUGGCACUGAUCAGUUCCGUUUUGGCGGCUCCGCCCAUCAGGCAGAUGCAGAGGCCUGACCACGACCAGUACUCGCAUAUAUUUGCGCAAGUUCGGCCGCCGGGCCAGAAGCCCCAGAACAUGGAGUUGCAGUUCCAGCCGCAGGGAGAGCUGACGACACAGCAGAAGUUGCCAGUCGAGGAGCAUCACCAGGUGCAACUGGCGGAUGUGCAAAUGAGGCCCGUCGAGCAGAAGCCCCAGCAUGUUGAGGUGGAGGUUGAGAUCAAACAACAGCAUCCCAACUCCUCUCCCAAUCAUCUGGUCGAGCUGGAGGUCAAGCCCGUGGAGCAUAAGCCUCAGCAUGUGGUGGAGGUUGACAUCAAGCAGCAGCGUCCCAACUCCUCUCCCAAUCAUGUGGUGGAACUGGAGGUCAAGCCCGUGGAGCAUAAGCCUCAGCAUGUGGUGGAGGUUGAGAUCAAGCAGCAGCGCCCCGAACACCAGAGGCCUCAGCAUGUGGAGUUCGAGAUCAAGCAGCACCAGGAAGACUCCGCCCAAGGGCACCUGGUUUCUCUGGGAACCAAGCCCGUGGAACAGAAGCCUCAGCAUCUUGAGUUCGACAUGGCUGUCCAGCACCCGGUGGAGCUACCCCAGCACCUCGAGCUGGAGAUCAGCCAGGAUAAUAAGCACAUGAUGUCUGGACCCCACAACCAACACCUGAACCUCAGCCAUCGCCAAUAGAGAGUGGAAACUAAAAACUGUAUCCGUAUGGGAAUGAGAGUGCAUUAAAUAUGUAUAAUUACAAAAAGGUGCUUUUCACUGGCGCAAGUCCUCCCAAGGUGCUUGUAAAAUGAGAAAUAAAUAAAAAUACUUAGCUGAGAA